GCCGAAGUCACAUGGCCUGCAGGGACUUAUGGGUUACCAAAAGCAAAGAAUGGUUGUCCUGUGUCGCUAAAGACCAACUGGACCACAGGCUGGCGGUUUGAAGAUCUUGAAGAUACAAGACCUGGAACUCGUAAAUCAAAAAGUUAUCAUUUGGAUACAAAAGUGGGAGUAGAUGUUAACCGGACGUUCUGUAUAAAGGCCAAGAACAACGUUUCGACUGAGUGGCCCCAAGGUAAGCUUAUUUUCACUGAUAAAUAAACUGCUUAUGAAGGGCUGUUUUCAUUUGAGUGUCCUCGGAUUAAAAAAUUAUUAAAAAGACCCCUUCAACCAGAUACAACUGCCUUAGAAAAUGCGACCAACUAAUCAGACCACGAAGAAGUGCGGGUAACCGGUACCCUGGGUACCAGAGGUUUUUUCUCGCGUGCGACGAAGAGCUGAGGAGCUUUCGUCGGCCGCAGGCCGACACGUCUUCGGCCGAAGUCACUUUAAAGACUUGACCGAAACCGGAAACCGCGCAUGAAAAGCCUCUGGCACCCAGCGUAGGUAACCGGCGCCCAGUGUGGUAAAAUUGGGGAACGAAAGGGACUGGCCCACCCUAAAAAGUCAAAAUAUAUUUUUAGGGAUGCGGAGAGGGAGACAAAGUCCAAUGUUCUUUCCUCUUGAAAAGAGAAAAACGGCUUAAGGUGUUUCCCUAAGAAUCUAACAAAAUAAUGGACAGCGAACUUUAAAACCACAAAAGUACAAGUGUGUGAUAACGCAAAAAUCCGUCUUAUAGCAAUUCAGGAAUGGUUUUUUCCAUUUACCGUUGAUUAGUUGAUAUAGAGGUAAUAGACCAUUCUCGCCCAUGCAAGGGAAUCCAAGGAAGUCUUGGAUUCUGGAUCCGCGCCGUGGAUUCCGAAUUCCAGGUACUGGAUUCCAGUCUUUGUCAGUGGAACUUCGAUUCUGGAUUCCAACCGUUAGUGAGAUUCAGGACUCCACAAGCAAAAUCCGCAUUUCCCUACAUAGGGCAAACCGUUAGCGCCAACCAGAGACAUUCGCAGGCACUUUAAUCAGUUAAUGUGACUUUUACCAGAUGCAUGAGGAAUUGAGGCUCUGUUUCUGUCAUGUAAGACCGCCAAAAUCAGUACCAAAAAAUUAGGAUGAGUUCUUCUUUCUAAUACGCCAUUGGCUGAAAAAAUGGCGCGAUCUUAUAAAAGAUGGCGUCACUCGCAAAGCGUAGCAAUCCAAAAUUGGCAAAAUACAAUCUGAGGGCACUUCCAAAUUCCAAACUUAUGUGUCAGGCUAUUUCUCUUUUCGUCCACAGUCUUGAGCAGUUCGGGUCAAAUUGAUCAAUUUUCAUAUCUGCUUUUUUUAGGUCAGUACUGCAUUUUUAAGAAAGGAAAUUGCCCCAAGGGAUUAAAGAAAGGGUAUGUCUUUUGGGACGAUGAGGAUGACAAGAACAUCAACAAGAAAGGAGGGACACUUCCUGACGGCAUAUACGACAAAGACACUUUGGUCUACUACUGCUGCAGAACAGAUGGUGACAAAUAUACACCCAUCUCCCUCCCCGUCAUAAGUCCUUUCUAUCUUAAGGCGUUCAAUACGCCAGAGUGUCAACGAGUUAAAGGCGCAAUUGCUACGAAGGAGUUUAUACGAUUUGACACUGAAGAUACCAGAAAUAAAGAUCGACAGAACGGAAGCUAUCCUUAUGGCGCGGGAAUUGCGAAUCAUCUACUUCUCUACUGUUAUUAUGAAAGUAGGUAAUAAAGCUUUUUUUUCCUAAUUUAAGUGUCACCAUCUGUAGUAAUUCGUCUAAUUCAGUUAAGAUACUUAAACUACUUUUCAACGAGUUAAAACUGAAGUCACAUCAAAGCCAAUCAAAUUCGCGGUAAACAUAGUGACAUCUACCUGUGCCUACGAAUUAUCAAAGAUAUCGUAAAUUAUCUAAUAAACCCCCACUCUCAAAUACACUCCUCUUAUUUAAUAAACGCCCUCCCCCCCGCCCACGCUGUUAAGUUUGUAUUAAACGCCCCUAUCGAAUAAACGCACCCCCACCCCCCCCCCCGUGAAAAUUGCUCCAAAAUACUAAGAAAUGGCGAUCCUCUUGGUGCGCUAAAAUUAAAUAAACGCCCCGGGCGUAUAAUUUACGGUAAACCCAACAUUGUACAUUUAUGAAGUCUGCUUACAUUUAGAUGAAAAGAAGUUUCAAUACAUUGGACACAAACAAAAUAACAACAACAACUGCAGUUUCUGUUUAAGGCCUUCGAGCAAAGUUUGUUCGUUUGUUUGUUUGUUUGUUUGUUUUAAUUUAACAUCGGUAACACGCUUUUUGAGGCGCCUUAGUCUAGACCCUUGAGUUUGUUUUCUCAGGUUGUCAGUUCACAUACAGCUUGAACGGAAUUCGAGAUGAACAGAUAGAAUUCACUUCUCCCAAGUUUUACGACGAUGGGUAUCCCCUUUCUCAGAAAUGCACGUGGCGAUUUGCUGCCCCAGAGAAAAAGGAGGUCCACAUAGAGUUUCUUGAAAUGGACAUCGAAAAUGGUGACGUUAUUAAGAUUUACAAAAACUGGAAAAGCGAUGGAUCAGUAUGGGCGAUUGACAAUAAAAAUCCUCCUAAGGUUGAAGGCUAUGGAAGUGCAAGAUUUCUUUUAAUGGAGUUUCAGUCUAGAAAACCUGAUUCUUCAAAGAAGAAAUCUAAAGGUUUUCGUGGCGUCUUUAAAGUUAAAGGUGGUGGAGGUAAGAUUCAAAUUGCUUGAGCUCGUUCUUUGUUUGUUUCGCCAUCUUGUGUCGAAGGAGAACAAGCAAAAGAGCCUGGAAAUGAGAAAUGUUUUGCGACACGCCCGACACGCACUCAUCUUUCUGACGUCAUAGUCAGCAACAUAUUCCUUCAACAGAGAGGUUACCCGCCAGGUCUGGGCAAACCGGUGCCUCCCACCGGUUUGUUGUUUGUUGUCGGUGAUCAGAUCGCCUCUUGUGCUUAACAAUCAUCUACAGAACGUAUUCACUCACGUGGCCAGCAUCUAUGCAAAUUUAUGGGAACAAGAGAAAUUUUUUACAUAAGAAGAGUCUAACUCCCACAGGAUUUGUUUGGAAAACCAAUAUGGCCGCCGUGACGUCAUGUGAAUACGCUCCAUAAUCAUAGAUCCAAUGCAAAAAUGGCUGCCAGAUUAAUAUUCUUUUGCUUGAAUUAAAACUAGCCUGACUAGCCUCGUUCUCCAGUACAAAAUUCAAAAGAAUACAUUAUCUCAAGCGAGGCUAGUCAGGCCAAUCUUAAUUUAAACAAAAGAAUAUCAAUCCGGCAGCCAUUUUUGCAUUAGGUCUAUUAGUCCCAACUAUGCAAAGGUCACUCACAGUCCGUUUUCUACAAUCUAAUAUGGGUUUAAUCCUUCAGGUUUCACUAAUCAGUUUUUUUCACGCGCAGCAUGAAAUAAAAGAGCAAUUAUAUUUACUAUUUUUGACAGCCUGUGAUCAUGCCUUUCUAUAUUUCUGACGGCAUCGGGAAGGAGGAAAAUUCUUUGUUCUCUUUCUCAAACAAGAGUUUUAAAUAACCCUGAUUGUAGGCUACAUCAGAUGCCCCUUUUUGCAUAGUCACACACUGUAUAAGAAAAUAUAUCAGGAGGUUUAAGCAACGACGACGGUGACGUCAACGAGAACGACUUUGCACAUGCAUCACGCUUUCUUGAACAUUUCUUUGCCGUCGUUGCUCGACUACGACGUGAAACGUUUUAAUUUCACGUUUUGUGGAGUACGUGACCGCAAGACAAUGACUUUCUUUUUCUUUUCCUGAACUUUGAUACAGUCCUUUAGAAUUCAACUACAGAAAAAUUUGCCAUCAUUUGACGAAUUGAACGAUGUAAAAUAAGCACAAUAAAGUUUUCAGCAGCGCAAAUUCACUUUUUAAGUGACGUUUUCGUUGCCUUGGCCGUCGUUGUUACUUAAGCUCCGCAAUAUAUAGUUAUUGUCAGACACGUCCAUAAACGCUCACUUCUCGAUUGUGUUAGAGAUUCCGUUCAAUCUUAAGCUUCUUUGUGUUCACGCCAUUUUAGAGUUGCCUCCUUCGGGUGUCGAGUGGCCUUCCGGGACUUUCGGGAUCCCUCGUCCCAGGCUCGGAUGUCCUCGCUCAAAGAACGUCACGUGGUCUACUGGCUGGCGAUUUCAGGACACGGAAGACGUAUACCCCAACAACUAUCAUUCACAGAAUUUUCACAUGAACUCAUCAGUCAUGAAAGAUGACGUAAACAGAACCUUCUGCAUAGCUACAGAAAAUAUUGGGAAAAAGUCUUGGCCUAAGGGUAAGGCAUCAAUUUUAGUCUGCGAACAAGUUUUCCAGUGAAAAAUCGCAAGAAUGCGGCGCGCAACUAUGAAGCGAGGCUUUCACUAGGCUCGAUUACCAGCCACUGUUCAAGAAACGAGCCUGCGCUCGAGAGAGCGGCGGAAAUCGAGCCUAGGUUUUCACGAAUCAAUCAUGGAUGAUCUUCCAUUUAAUUUCCAAUAAAGACAGUUUUCUGUAGGACUAUUUGUCUUUCAUUUGCUCACCAAAAAAACGUGAAAUAGAGCAUGGAAAGAAUGGACUCAGUUGAAGUUUAUAUUUUAAAGUUACUGCCUUCAUGUACAGCUCUGUGUGCAGUAUGAAAAUAUCACCCCACAUGAUAUUGUCUCAGUCUAGGAUUUCCUCCAAUAAUUCCGUUAUUCCUGUUAUGGCUAGCUUCAAUUCUCAUGUAAAUUCUAAUGUUUAUUGCAUUUAUUUUUAUCUCAUUUUAGGUCAAUACUGCAUCUACAAAAGGGGCACAUGUCCAAAAGGACUCACAGAGGGAUACAUAUUUUUUGAUGACGAAAAUCGCAAAAACCUAAACAAAAUGGGAGGGGUACUACCGGACGGAGAAUACACCAAGGAUACCAAGCUUUUCUACUGCUGUAGAACAGAUGGAGACAAAGCAGAGCCUAUCUCUCUACCCAUUAGUAGUCCCUUUUACCUUUUGGCGUACAACAAUUCCGAAUGUCAGCAAGUAAAUGGAGCGCUUGCUACAAAGGAGUUUAUACGAUUUGACAACGAGGACACAGGAAACAAGGACGCCAAGGGUGGGACGUAUCCGCACGCGUACGGAAACUUAAUAAUCUCUUAUUGUUACUAUGAAGGUUAGUUUGGUAAUAGCCUGGAAGCAAGCUCUUUGGGGCGCUCUGGUGGCAGGGCGGGAAAAGGACGGAGAGCUUGUAACUACGGCUCUGGAAUUUGAAUUCCUCCUCCAAUUCCCCGGGGGCUCCCCGUCGGCUGAAGUGUCAGAUUUCCACCAAUCAGUGCAAAGCGGAAACGAGAGUGAAUGUAAACAAACAUUGAAAAACACGUGAGAGAUCAUUACUAAUGUCAUCUCCGCCAAUCAGCAUUUCGAAUUGACGUUGUUGCAAGCUCUCCUUUCCUUUCCUGCCUCGCCGCCAGAGCGCCCCGGAGAGCUUUCUCGCAGGCUAGUAUGGUAACCAAGGGCACUUAAACGCUGAGCAAUGUUUUUGCAUCUUGUCAUGCAGUGUCCGUUUCGCCACUUAAGAAACGAUAUGGGGACUGGUGCCGUAAUGCGUCCCGCAAUUGUCUCUGGGGUCGCUACUGGGGACGCGCCGGUCAGCUGAUGGCUUCUUGUUUCUUAACCCUUUCACUGCCAAGUGUGGCCAAAGGCAAGUUUCGACCAAAUUUCCAAAUUUCAUUUUCCAAAAUUGUAGCAUCAUCUGAGAGUACAGGCAAAGAGCUUUCAUUUGAAUGGUCACAUCAUAGGAUUUCGUCCACAGACUCAAAAGUUAGAGUCACCUUACAAAACUCCAUCAAACACUCUGGCAGUGAAAGGAUUAAAUGGGGAAUUACAAAACAAAUUUUAGAAACGGCACGUUGCCCAGGGCAAAAAAUCUUGCAACAAGCAAAAUUGCAUCUCACGUUUUCUUAAGUUACACAGAGGAAAAUCUCCGAUUAUCAUGAGCAUGAUCUAUAUCAUUAUUGUUUCAAUCCUUAGCUUGUCAUUUCACCGUCAGCGCGACAUCCCAGGAGUUUAUGUCUCCAAGUUACGCUACCGGUGGUUACCCUAGUUCUCAGCUUUGCACGUGGCGGUUCCUGGUACAAGAGAGCAAUCCUCCAACUGAGCAGGUUUUAAUCAAAUUCCCGGAGUUCAACCUUCAAAAGGGCGGAGACGGAGAUGUUGUAAAGAUUUACAGCGGAUGGGAUGAGAAAGCCCCUCUUCUUGCAGAGUUCAGCGGGGAUAGACCUCCACCAGCGAAGGGCGUGGCAUUUAAGUCUCCUGUAGUUUUUCUGGUGUUUAGAUCCGAUUCUCGUGGAAAAUCAAAGGGCUUUCGUGGACUGUUCGUCAACCAGCGUGAGUUUAAAGGGUUUUAUGUAGUAAAGGACGCACUUAGGUAUGAGUGUCUCGUUCGAACAGCAGUGACUAUCAAUGAGGAGGCAGUGUGGCCGAUUGACCAGUGGACUCGCAAUCCGGUGGUCCAGGGUUCUCGUCGCCACUUGCUGGUUUUAUUCUCGGCAAGAGAACAUUUCUCGGUGGUCCCGAGUUCAAAUCCUUGGCCACACUUGUAAAUAGACAGCUGGUCGCCUACUGCUAGUUGGGGUUUUUAACCCUGUUGCGUUCUCUGUGCAUUGUUUGUUUCUAAUUAUGUUUUUCUCUUUUUGUAGCUUACGACGCAACAGCUGUACCUAAACACCCUAUUACCCUUCCUUAUACUUCGACGAUUAAGCCAAGUAAGAACACU